AAAAUAAAAAUAAAAAUGCAAAUCUUCCUUUCUGUCUUAAAUAGCUUAAUCCCUUUUUCAUUCUGUGGAAUUUCCAUUGCUUCCACUAGUUUGUUAUAUUCUGUUGUCUUUUCAAUGUUCUCCUCUUCUUCUUUUACAGCUGCUUACAGAAGCCCCCCAGUGACAUCCACUAAUAACUUUGUCUCAAGUAGCAGCUCUAUUUUGACAUAUACCACUCCAACUGGUAAAACUGGCACCUACAGUGAUACUGUCUGCCAGCCUGUGGACAGAGUGGACCAGGGGGUUAAUCCAAACCUCUCUAUGCAUCAAAUUGUGUAUCCGUGUCCUUACCCUUAUCAACCAAUCAGUGCCCCAGCUUCCUUGGCUGCUAGUCGUGAGAACCUCUUGGAGAACCGAAGUAACCCUAACUCUGCUGGACAAAUAGCGGUGGAACAGAGUCGAGUAGCCCACCCUGAUUUAAUCAACGGACAAGCUUCAGGUCCUACUUCAACAUCUCGGUCAAACAGCCCUGUGAAACCCUUACAACAUGGCAACUCCCUAUCUGACAUGGUGUCUCACCCGUCAGCCGCUAACGUCGAACAGAUGUACCCUUUCCCGAUUGUGGACACCUCAUCCUUCGACAAUAUGGGCUUAAACAGUAACUCCUACUUAAUGCAGCUUGAUCGUCUGGAACAACAACAUCAGCCUCUUACACCAUAUCCUGCCUGCAAGGAUUCGAUGGACAUCUACAACGAGCACAUAUUGAUUCCUGCUGUGAAAUCAUGUGUUGAAACAGAUUGUUAUAUUUCAGCUCUGGUUGUCCAUAAACGCAAAGGCAGUAUUGGUCAAGGAGCAGACAUGAUCAACAAUUAA